CACACUACUUUGAACUUUUAAACUAAUACGACAACGUUUGAGCUGUAUAACAUUUUAGUAUUAUUCCGCGUCGGUGGUUGUUCAUGAUUCCCGUGAAGCUGAGGAAGAAAGUGACGAGAAGAGGGAAAACUUUAGUGUUUAUUUUUUCUUCAAAGGUAGAAUCAAUGGCGGGGGGAACUGGAACAUCGAUGCUUGGAUCUAUUCUUCUGUUCACCGUGAUCCUCUCGCUUCAAGAAGUGUAUAGAGGGAAAUUAGCUUCUACGGAGCUGUUGACGAUCUUUGGAGGCUUCACUAGCUCCCUCCUCUUUCUCUUCUCUCUCACUUUCAUCGGAAACCUCCAGGAGUCUUCUGGUGUUAAGAGUGGCUGGGGUGCAGAAUAUGGGCGACCAACCUACUGAGAUUGGCUGCUCAGUUUUGUUGUGAGCAUACGGGCUUGUUGAGAUGAUCUUGGUGAAAGUGCUGUAUGAUCAGAGAAAUGUAAUAAGCAUGUACAGGAAUGUUGAACAGAUGUUACAAACUCAACUAUGCAACAUGGUGUUGGGGUUUAAAUUGUUACCAAUAAUUUGUUAGACUUGCUGCAUUCUUUGACAAACCUACUUUCUAAAAGAAUAUAUAUAAGUUACACAAACCGGCUAUGUACGACUGUACGUAUUCAAUUCACUUAGUGAAUUGACUUAUAUAAACAGAAUCCAUGUGUGAACGUUAUUUACAGUCUGCUAAAGAAAUCGAAAUUCUAAUCUUAACUUCAUCUACAGGCCUGUUAGAAUUUGACGGUUUGGAGACUGAUUAUUAUAACAUAAAGUAAUUUUUAGUAGAUAUGAUGAAGAGUGUCUGAAAUCUGAAUCAAACAUAUAACACCCAUAAAGUGGGGAAAGACAAAAGUAAGAAAAAGCAAA